AGAAGAAGGGAAGCUACAGCUAGCACGUUUGGUGAAUGUAAUGACGCGGUGCUAGCUAAUUGCUAACAAUCUGGAUUUAAGAAGAACAGACUGAAAAGAUAACAUCGUUUUUGGGAUGCUGAUCGGCCGUGAGUCGUAACAACCCAUGUUUCGAGUAAAUACCUGCCGGCCCGUCAGCAUGUUGACCGGGCUUAAAGUUAUUGGAUGAUUCUCCUGAAUUAGUAGCUAAAGGGCCUUGAGUCCGCGGUACUUGGGUGAACGGCAGCCGGGGAUCAACGUGGUCUGAGAGGGACCAUCAAGCCACAGGCUAGCUGGUAAUAUUCACUGCACCAGAACCUCUCCUGAACAUGUCACACACCGGACCCCCUCCUCGAUGGCGGAAUUGUCCCAGAAGAGGACAACCUGUGGCAGGUAAAUUCCUGCCAAUGAAAACGAUGUUGGGUCCCAGGUAUGAUGACCAAGUUGCAGAAGAGAACAGGUUUCACCCAAGCAUGCUGUCCAACUAUUUAAAAAGUCUUAAAGUGAAAAUGUGUUUGCUUGUGGAUUUGACGAACACUACUCGCUUUUAUGACCGCAGCGAAAUUGAAAAAGACGGCGUAAAAUACAUGAAACUUUCGUGUAAAGGCCACGGAGAAUGCCCUUCAAAAGAGACGACCACAAUGUUCAUCGGGCUCUGUGAACAAUUCAUUGAGAAGAAUCCCACAGACUUGAUAGGUGUUCACUGCACGCAUGGCUUCAACCGGACAGGCUUUCUGAUAUGUGCAUACCUGGUGGAGAAGAUGGACUGGAGCGUCGAGGCAGCUGUGGCUGCUUUCAGCCAGGCCAGGGCCCCCGGGAUCUACAAGGGAGACUACCUCAAAGAGCUUUUCCGUCGCUAUGGUGACGAGGAGGACACACCCCCAGCCCCUGCACUCCCCGAGUGGUGCUUCGAUGAUGACGACGGGGAAGUGGACGAUGACGGCAACGCUGUCGGCCAGGAAUCGGGCCCCAGCUCGUCUGGGUCAGCGCCCGGCAAACGAAAGAAAGAGAAGCUAAAACUGGGUGCAGUAUUCCUUGAAGGCAUCACAGUGAAAGGCGUCACACAGGUCACCACACAACCCAAACUAGGAGAUAUCCAAAGAAAGUGUCAGGAGAUGGCUGAGUGGGACAAGUCUGGUUUUCCUGGUGCUCAGCCUGUGUCCAUGGACAGGCAAAACCUUCGGUUCCUGGAACAGAAUCCAUACAAAGUCAGCUGGAAAGCCGAUGGCACACGGUACAUGAUGUUGAUCAACGGAAAAAAUGAAGUGUUCAUGAUCGACAGAGACAACACCAUCUUCCACAUAGCGAACCUAGAGUUUCCAUUCCGGAAGGAUCCACGUGUUCACUUAUCAAAUACUCUAUUGGAUGGGGAGAUGAUCAUCGACAAGGUGAAUGGUCACCCUGUCCCCCGCUAUUUGAUAUACGACAUCAUCAAAUUCAACGGACAGCCUGUUGGUCAGUGUGAUUUCAAUAUUCGGCUGUUAUGCAUAGAAAAGGAGAUAAUUUCUCCCCGGAUGGAAAAGAUGAAGACUGGACAGAUUGACAAAACCAAGGAGCCUUUCAGUGUCCGAAAUAAGCCCUUCUUUGACAUUCAUGCAUCACGCAAGCUACUGGAAGGCAGCUUCACGUCCCAGGUCAGCCACGAAGUCGAUGGGCUUAUCUUCCAGCCAUGUGGGAGAUACAAGCCCGGGAGGUGUGAUGAGAUCCUCAAGUGGAAGCCCCCUAAUCUCAACUCUGUGGACUUUCGCCUCAAGAUCACCAAAGUCGGAGGAGAAGGGCUGCUUCCACAGACUGUCGGCUUGCUGUACGUCGGCAACUAUGACAGGCCCUUUGCAAAGAUGAAGGCCACUAAAGAGCUGAAACAGUACGACAACAAGAUCAUCGAGUGCACCUUCGCCAAUAACAGCUGGGUGUUCAUGAGGCAGAGGGUGGACAAGAGCUUCCCCAACUCCUACGACACAGCGAUGGCUGUGUGCAAAAGCAUCCAGGAGCCCGUCACAAAGGAAAUCCUCUUGGAGUAUGUGGACCGCUGUGCUCAGGCAGUCCAGAACCGGAAACACCCACCAGACCCAGACUCUGAGCUAAUGCCCCCUCCCCCUCCAAAGAGACCCAACCGGGCCAUCCCGUAGCCCAAAGUUGGGCUUUCCGAACUGCCCUACAGUCAGUGUACAUCUACAUCACCAGCCACAUGAUCCCCCCCCCCACCACCACCUUCCCUACAGAACAACAGGCUUUCUUACCCUCUGCACAUUUGCUUUAUCAGCCUGUACAUGUAAGGACUUCAGAAAAACUUAAAUUGACUGCCUCAACAUCAUUAAUUUACCUUGUAGACUUUGUAGCUUAAAUUGCUGGUGUUCUUAUUAAAAUGAAUGACAUGAUGUUUAGUUUAUUUUUUUUGUUUUCCUAUUUAUCUUUUUUAAAGUCUGAGCUAAUUGGUAUUUAUUAACAGGGACAUUGUUUUGGCUACGAUUAACACCUGACAGUGACGACCUUGUUUAUGUUUUGUCAGCUAAUUCCUUAUUUGUAUGGAAGGAAGAGUAAACAUCAUCAAAGCUCA